UGCGAUAUUUUUAUAUAUUUUGUAUUUUCAGAUAAAAAUGCCGCCUGUUGAAGCCGAGCUUGUUCCUCAAACUGAUAAAUAUAGUCCUAUUCUGCAUGGUAUCCGAGCUGUAUUGUUGGGUCCUCCUGGAGCUGGAAAAGGAACACAAUCUCCAAGAUUAAAGGAGCAUUAUUGUGUGUGUCAUCUUGCAACAGGAGAUCUUUUGAGAGCUGAAAUAUCUUCAGGCAGUGAGCUUGGUCAAGAAAUUAAAGAAGUUAUUGAUCAAGGGAAACUGGUAAGCGAUGAGCUGGUUUUGCGAAUGGUUUCUGAUAACUUGGAUAAACCUGAAUGUAAGAACGGUUUCCUGCUUGACGGGUUCCCCAGAACUAUUGGACAGGCGGAGAAGCUAGAUGUAAUGCUGGAGAAGCGCCAGCAGCCUUUGGAUGCCGUGGUGGAGUUCGCCAUUGAUGAUAAUCUUCUUGUUUCGAGGAUUUGUGGAAGAUGGUUUCAUCUUGCCAGUGGCAGGUCUUAUCAUGAAGAAUUUCACCCUCCCCGUGUUCCUGGCAAAGACGACAUUACAGGAGAAACUUUGGUGAAAAGAUCUGACGAUAAUCCAGAAACUUUAAAGAAACGGUUACAGCAGUAUCAUGCUUUAACUAGUCCUCUAGUCGACUACUAUAGACAACGAAAUUUGCAUACGCGGGUUGAUGCGUCCCAGCCUGCUAACAGUGUUUUUGCAGAGAUUAAAGCUAUCUUUGAUCAAGCUAAAGAAUUCAGUUUGAAUCUUGGUUCGAAGCUGUGAUAUUAGGAGAUUGUUUCGGAGCUUAGUCGACAAGUAGUCAUACGCCAUAAAUACUGUUCCGGUUUAAAUACCUCUCUUAGGUGUUCUCUUUGCUUGCCAGUUUUUUGAAAAUUUUUAUUAUUAUAUUGCACAAAAUUCACAAAGCCUCAUUUAAAGUAACUUGUUUUAGCUUAUUUUCAUCAGAAUAUUUUUAUACAGUGCAUUUUUCUCAAAACGUAAUCGUAAUCUCAAUAGACAGUUUGCAUUUUUAGGUUGCCAGCUAACUGCGUUGAUUAAAUGUUUUUUUUUUGCUGGGCAUUACUCAGUAAAAUUGGUUGGGAAACGUAAGUAAAAAGACGGCUUGGAUUUAAUAUUUUUGUAAAGGCAUAACCAGAAUUCUCAAUUCAGUUCUCUACAAAUAUUGUUAUGUAUUUCUUAUCAUUAUUUGUUAAGUAACAUCUUAAAGCAAAUUAGCUUACAUGCCACUAGGGGCAAAAUAUGAAACAGUUUUUUAUGUAUAUUAUUUAAGCACUGUAACUGUUAAAUGGUUCAAUAAACUAAAAAGUAUCAUUAA